GAGUCGCGUCGGAGACUUCCGGAAACUGACGACUAAACAACGGACACACGGACCGUACCCGGCCCUUAGCUUCACACGCAAAAUACAGCAGCGCAGCAUCAGCACGAACGGCAGAGCAAGAUUUUGUGUUUAUUCGCCACAUCGUACCAGUGAACCGGACUUUCCAAUAAAUAAUGGCAGCUGCUGAGAACAGACUUACCCUUCCUGAGGAGAUGCAGAACCCACCAGCGGAACAGAUGGGUGACAUGCCAGACCCAACUCAAACAGCCCCUGCCGUUAGACCACAGAAAGACCAGACAUCAGACCACUACCGCACCAAUAACAUCCCAGCAAGAUUUGAAAAUCCUGAUUGGUUUGAGGGAUACGGCAGCCAACCUCAGAAUCCCUUGUACAGAACAACUAACAUGACUUACGGCAGUCGUAACCCAACAGUACAUACAAUGCCAACAACCUUCAGGGCAAGAUCACAGAAAUUCUCAGUGCAUCUUCUCACCUGUGGCAUGUACCGUAAUAAAGGUCUGAACACUGCAGAGGACCAGAGCAUAGUCUGAUGAUAACGCACACCUGUUUAUUUACUUAUAAAAUCCCAUUUCUGCCUCACUCAGCACAAUUCAGGAACUCUGCUUUAGACCUAAGUGAUUGUUUUCCUGUCUGCUUUAUCCUUCAAAGUUUUUAGUAAUAAUGCCGAUUUCUUGAGGUGCAGUACCUCUAAUUUCAAGCAGUACAUGUAUGUAAAUGGCGUAAGUCUUCCUUGAGACCAAAAGUUGGCAUUUAUGUCCUCACAUUCAGAAUUGUUUUUAAACGUUAUGCUUCAGCGUAACUGAUUGAGAUUGUUAUAAAGCAACUUUGAACAGGUAGCAAUAAGAUGUGCAUGUGCCAUUUAAAAUAAUAACUGGCAUUCUUGUUGCUGUGUUUACACUGCACUUUGUGCUGAGUUGGGGUUGAAAUAGAAUUCACCAUUGUGUUGUACAAUGUAACGAUUAGAUACUUAAUGAAAUGUACAGAACAAAUAUAAAUGCACUGAACUUUAGGCAGUGUAAAUAUCUCCAUCGUGCAGCACUUCCCCAAUCCUCAAGUUUUGAAAUGAUUGAAGCAUUAAGUUUCAUGGUGGCCAUUGCUCUCACACUUACCACCUAAGACGAUCUGUGACACUUUCUUUUAAAACUAAAGUCACAUGUGUUUGGAAAUAUUUGAUUUUACUGUCAAUAUUCAAUUCUCUUGAAGUAUGGGUCACUCACAUGUUACUUCAUGUAUAGGUUUUUUGAAUGGUUGUGAUAUACAUCUUGGCUAUGAAGUCUUUUUUAUUUAAAAAUUCAAUUUGUUAGCAUUGCCAUUGAAAAGCAAGUUUUUUAAAAAAGGUAAAGGUGAUGGAAAUGUUGGGAAGCAAGGAAAUUUAGCAAUUGUUGCAUAAACAAAGUUGAUUGUUCAACUCCCUCACUGUGUAUUAAUGUUUCCCUUCUGUAGAAUGUAAGUUUGUUAAAUGCAAUAAAAUGGACUUCAGAAAUUUGAAUAUA